GGUCAGUUGAUUGGAGUUUGCGGUCCUUAUCAGACGCAAAAAUGGAUAUUGUAAAAGUGUUAAGGAAGUUUCGGGAAGAAGAAGAUCCCGAAAUGGAAGAUUAUGAUGGGAAGUGUUUGCCGACCCUAAGUAAGGCAGAACUAACAAGUAUUGCAAAGUCUAAAGGUGUAAAGUUAGAAGAACUAUUACUGUUGGGUGGAAUCCCGGAUUCAAGGGAGAAUAUGUGCAAACUCCUGCAUUUUGCACUUCAGUGUACCAUUACUAUUCAGGAGAGUAAAGAGGAUGAAGAGGCUGGGCCAUCUAACCGCCCGGAUCCACCAAGAAAAAAGAGAAAGUCAAAUGACGCAACUGGGAUGAAAGCCCUGGAGGACAAAAUAGACAAACUGGAAAAGAUGUUAGAAGAAAAGAAAACAGCAGAUGAGGAGUCAGAUUUGGAAAGAGCCAAGCGAGACGUCAAAGAAGAGGCAUCCAAGGGACCAAAGGUUUUUAAUAUUGCUAAUAUUUUACGACCAUACAUGUUAUGCAAAGGAUGUGCAACAGCAAAUGAUGUAGACUAUAUUUUUUGUAAAAUAUGUGGUUGUCCGAGAAAUAAGUCAUUAGAAUGUUUAGAUGAAUGUUCCAAAGAAAGGGAUGAACUAUUGCAUAAAAUUGAAAAACGAAUUGACACACUUGACAAUUUAUUAAAAUCGGGGAGUUAUUCAAAACAGAAAUGCAGUUUAAAAACUGAAUUAGAGAAAUUUUUCGUUACUUUGGAACCUCUGAAAAAUCUUUCCAACGCCGGUCCUGAAGAUAUCAGGAAAUUUUUAGUAUUCAAAGAAAAAAAUGGUAGAACACAACUGCACGAAGACAAUUGUGUAUAUCGCACAGAACAUGGUAUUAAAAACUGCAGUUGUCCAAAAACUCUCACAGUAAAAUCGGUAGACAGUUUGUUAGGUAAAAUAAGAGCAAUUUUUCGAGAUAUUGGAAGAGCUGGCGAAUGGAACCCAAUGCUUUACAGUGGCAACCCGGCUUCAUCUCACAUCUUGAAGCAACACAUUCAAGCAGUGUCUUUAGAGCAAUCUAAUUCUAAUAUAACAAGAAAACAAGCGACUCCUUUAAUGUUUGACAAAUUAGGAAAACUAUGUAGAUAUUUAUCCUAUAAAGUGUCUGUAGAAAAAGACACUAUAUCACAGUUUUUAUUUGCGCGUGACUUGUCUUAUUUUUCUCUGUUAUGUCAUUCAGGCAACAGGGGCGGGGAUCUUGGUUUACUUAAGGCAGAGAAUUUGUUUGACAUACCUGACUCAAAAGGUAUUUAUGUAUCACAACAGGCAGGAAAAACGGCCUCUAUUGACAAUCCAAAAAUUACAUCAUCUUACCGUCGCUAGAUGAAGACAUUUGUCCAAUUAAACUCGUAAAGGAUUACAAAUGUAUAGCAAAUAAAUUAGAUAUUGAUUUAAACAAGGGUUUCAUUUAUCGUGUUAGAGACAACAAGUCGAAACAAAUUAAUAAUCGAGCAGUAUCAUCAUCAUGUAUGACAGACAGGUUAAAGACGCAUUUAAUGAAUAUUAAUUUGUAUCAAGGAGAAACGUCCCACAGCAGCAGGCGGGGUUGCGCAAUUACCUUAAGAAUGUUAGGAGUCGAUGAUCAAGCGAUAAAUCAACAUGUGGGCUGGAGUUCUAAGGGAAUGAUCGACCAUUAUGCACAUGUUGGAAAAUUAAUGAGCCCUGAGGGUCCAGCAAGCACAUUGUCAUCCGCUGCAAAACAUUUGGGACAGGGGUCGUCUUUGUUCGAUAAAGUUUCACAAAACUAUGUCAGUAUAAGUAAUUUGAAACAGUUUAAAUUUUGAUUUGUUUCAUAGAAUUUUGUUGUGAAGGCGUACAUUGUUAAAAACAUUUUUUUUUCAAGGUCAUGAUUAAUUUCAAGAAAGGGGAAAAACCUAGACAAUUAAGUUGCAUUUUAUUGUUCAGUAUUGUUUUAUGUAUUUUUUAUAUUAUAAGUAUUGGAUAAUAAAUAUUGUAUUAAAUGAGUUUAGUCUG